CCCAGAGGAAAAGGGAGGAAGUCAGGAAGCUGCCUGUGACAGCCGUAUCAAAGAAAAUCAUAGUGGAAAAAAAGGCCGGACUUGAGCUUUAACUCUCGUCCUUUUCGGUUAGAAGUAGACUCCAAAAUCCGCCACAGACAUGUCGAAAAACACCGUGUCCGCGCGCUUCAGGCGAGUGGACGUGGACGAGUACGACGAGAACAAAUUUGUGGACGAGGAGGACGGAGGAGAAAACCAGCUGGGUCCCGACGAGGCAGAGGUGGACUCCCUCAUCAGACAAGGAAAUCUCAUGGAGGCUUUACAGGCAGUCCUGAAGAACCCGCCAAUCAACACCAAGAACCAGAACGCCAAGGAUCGUGCUGAGGGUUUGGUGCUGAAGGUGCUCAGCGCUUUUAAGAGCAGUGACAUCGAGAAAGGAGUGCAGUCCCUCGACAAGAACGGCGUGGACCUGCUGAUGAAGUACAUCUACAAAGGCUUCGAGAGGCCGUCAGAAAACAGCAGCGCGGUUCUCCUGCAGUGGCAUGAAAAGGCGCUGGCAGCUGGAGGAGUGGGCAGCAUCGUCAGGGUACUAACAGCGAGGAAGACGGUCUAAAAGAAGAGCGGAGGAUCUGUUGGCUCCACAUCACUGACAGAAACAGGGGGGUGCUCCCAUGUAAUCAUAACAGGUGGCAUUGGGACAAAAGGAAAAACAGAUUUUUUUAAACCCAGUGUGAUCCUGCUGCGUUCAAGGCUAGACUGAAAAUCAAAUCUGGGUCACAUUAGGUUAAAAAAAGUCUUUUCUUCCCAUUCAUGAUCUGACUGCAUUGUGUUCCUCACAGGGUGCUAUAGAUAACUUUGCAUCCCAUCUGCGCUGCUUCCCUGAUCUGUUUACAGUAUUGUCACUGUCUCCAUGUCAUUCCUGUAGUGUGUGUGUGUGUGUGUGUUCAGUGCGCACACCAGUGAUUCCCAACCAAGAGGGCAUAAAUCUUAGAAAGAACACAUUUCUACUACGCAAAAUUCUGUUUGUUGAGACUUUGCUCUAGACUUUUGCUUUUUUUUUCUCAUGCAUUAUUGGAUCAUUUUACCUCGCGUAUCGGUCACAGCACAGGCCAAAAAGGUUGGGAACCACUGCUGUGUCUACACACUCACACAAACACGUCUGCGCUCAAAUCACAGGCAUGACUCAUAUAUUCUUAAAUGACUGACUUCCUCAAACACACAGAAGGUUUCAGCUUUGCUUCUCUCAGGAAAAACUCUCUCGCUGUUUGUUUUGCCAUCGUUCUCUUGUGUUCUCUCUUCAGCUGAGACUUCCUGAUGGAAUAAAAGCCGAUUCUCUGUCAGUAAAUCCUCUCAUUGCCUCUGCCUGUCACACUGCAGCAGUGGGAGGCUCUUGAAAAGCACAGUCACAGAUGGAGGGUGGUGGAUUUGCUCACGGGGGUCGCUAUUUAGCCUGUGGAGCGGGAGGAGAGAGGAGGAGGAGGGGGUUGGUGUCAUCCAUGCUUUCAGUCCGCCUGCUACCCCAGUUACGGAUUAUUACCCACGAUGCAUCUCCACCACCACUCUUUUUAAUCCCAUUUUAUUGUUCCUCACAUCCCUCAUGUGUCUGAUGCACCCUCUGUGCAGGGCGUCAUGUGGCUCUGCUGGUUCUGUUUAUAGGAGCUGCAUGUUUUCCUGUACUUUCAGGAAAGUGACACCCUGAGGGUCCUGUCUGAGAAUUUUUUUUUGUAUUUAACUGAAAAAUAAUAUAGGAUUAAACAUUUCCUCUUUUUUAUAGCGAUUGUUUUUGCCACAAGGCUAAAUCCCUUCAUGAUGGAAAUUUAAAAAAAAUGCUCCUAAGGUUUGAUAAUGUCGGUGUUUAGGAGAGACUAAGGUUAUGAAUAUUUUGUCCCUGAAAAAUGGAAAGUUUGUGAUAAAGAAAAAAAUUUGCAUGAUCCCACUUUUGAGAAUAUUUUCUCAAGCAUUUCAUACCUGUCUUUUCUACAUGUUAUGCAUCUCUUCUGUUUUGAAUUUGGGUUUAAAUUUCCACACAUUUCAGCAAAUCCUCCACUCAUGUCUGGCAGUAGGAAGUUUUACUGUUAUUGUUACUAUCACAUAUGCUUUUAAUUUCCACACAUUUUAUGACAUGAGGAGGAAAACUGGAAGUGUUUUAUCUGCCUUAUCAGGUAGAUAACGUCUGUUGCCAAACAAUUUAUUUUGCUUUUAUGGAAAUAUUGUAGCUCACAUUGAUGGUUUUGUUGCCCCCGUGUAUUAGAGAAGAAUCUUUAACACAAAGUGGUGGAGUUGUAACUUUAAACAGUAUAAAUGAAUAUAAAAGCAAAGUGUGUUAUGGUUCACAAAGUUGCGGUGUUGAAAAUACUAUGUAGUGAUCAGGGGAAUUCAGUUCCAGCAUGUUUUGUUCCUGCUCAUUUCCAAUCAAACUCAAGAAUUCCUCAAUAGAUAUUUGCUUUUUAUAAAACACACGUCACAGCUGUGUUUUAUUCACCAGUUGAUAUUUAGACAUGGGUUAACAUGUUUGAAUACUGUCAUCAGUGAUGAUGCAUCCAGACAUUAGAUUCCUUUUUCUGAUGCAGUAAUGUCUAGUUUUACAUGAAAACACAAAGGAGAACACUUGAUUUCUUCUUAUGCUUCAUGUAUUUCUAGUCAGAGAUGCUCUUCUGGCUGAAGGCGGGAAGACGAGGGAGCAUACCAAACUGAUGUACAAACUGCCUUACUCGAUAUUCCUUUUUUAUGUUUGUGCUUUUUUGACAAAAAAAUAAAGGUAUGAAUGCUGAUCAUAA